CCAUCUUUAACUCAAUAUCUUUCUGUUUAUGAGAGAUUAGUCAGUUUCCCGCAUUUAUAUUUUGUUUAUCAAGAAUCAUAAUUCUUCAGAAAAUGGUUCAAAUUGAGGGAAACUAUCAACAUGAAAAAAGUGAGAAUUUGGACAAAUUCUUUGAAAAGAUGGGAUUGCCUUGGGCAGUAAGGAAGAUUGUCUGCAACGUCAGCCCUGGACUAAAAAUAACUCAGAGUGGAGAUGAGUGGAAACUGGUUUUUACAACCCCAGUUAAAGAUCAAACAAUAAAGUUUAAAUUGGGAGAGGAGUUUGAGGAAACCAAUCCAAUGGGAGAAAAGAUGCAAUGCUCUGCAGCGUUUGCGGAUGAUGCACUUGUUAUAAGUUCUAAAGGAGAACAAAAGAUGGGAAAACGUACACUCAAGUUUCACGAGACUGGGAUUCUCAUGACCUUUGAAGGAAAUGGGUUUGAAGAAACUGCUACCAGACAUUUCAAGAGAGUUUAGUUCCAUUAAAUAACGUUACUUAAUAAUCUUUAAAAAUAAAUAUGUACUCACAGAUAUAAUCUUUUUU